AUGGUCGCACAGGCUGUUUUGGCCUUGCUCGACUGCACCUCGCUCGUGGCACGGCACCCGCCUCCACUGCUCCACGCGCCGCGAUACGCACCACUCGUGGCCCUUACUGGCAGCGUAGCGCCCGAGGAAGCGGAGGCGGCAGUCGAGAGGGCGGAGGCGCUCGCGGCGCAGGCACUGACGGCGCGGGAGGAGGCGGACAGGCUGGCGGAGGCAGCCGAGACUGCGGCGGAAUCCGCCGCUGACCGCUCGGACAGCGCGGCGGAAGACAUCGGCGGCUCACAAAAGUUCAGCCUCUCCAUGCUCGCCAGCUCGUCCGCAGCGCAGGCCGCGUCGCUCGAUGCGGGCGCGCAGCUCGCGAGCGCUGUGGAGGCGGCGGAGGCGGCGGACGAGCUCGACAAGCAGGCUGCCGAGGCGCUGGAGGCCGCGGAGGAGAUGCUCGCCCUCUACUACGACCAGGAGGGAGGGGCGUCGAGCUGAGGACGGAGGAGCGGAAAUGCCGGCACUCGUGUGUCGCAAAAAGCGCAUGUGUGUGUCUGACUGUUGUACGAAGUACACAAAAAGAUUUUGCAACCA